AGGCUAACGUUCACCGGCACUUUAAUGAACGAGGACUUCAGCGCCCCCUCGUCCUCCAGCAACUUCCCCCUGGGCUCUCAGAUCCACAUUCAGUUUGCUGUACAGCGUUCCUUCCACCAGCCUUUGCAGGUUUUUGUGGACGCGUGUGUGGCUGCCACAACUCCAGACCUGAGCACAUCGCCCCAGAGUUACGUCGUCAUUGCAAACCAUGGGUGCCUUGUGGACAGCAGGGUUGCAAAUUCCCGGUUCCUCCCUAGAAAGACUCCGGAAGUGCUCCAUCUUUCUCUGCAGGCCUUUGAAUUCGUUGAGAUAGACACUGAUGUAAGUAACUGAA